CUUCCUAUCCAAAGACCCACCUCAAAAACAAUGAUCACCCGCCAACAACACCUCGACUACACCACCGCUCUCUUAAAAGGCCGCACCCUAACAACCCUAAUGCGCGCAACCGACCACGAAGCCGCCCUCCUCCAAACCGCCCAAAGCGCCUUCCUCUCCCCCUCCGCCCUCUCCCACUGGGGAUACGAAAGAACACACUUCAUCCUCCCCCCUUCCUCCCCGCUAUACCAUCUCCAACAAUCCCUCGGCGUAGAUCCUUCCACCAACACCGCCAUUGGGCAUUCUCACCUCGACUCUGGGGUGAGAAAUGGGGUAUACGUACCUGUUACAUGGGCGAAAUUCAACACCGUUAUCAAUGCAGAGGCGGGUAUGAUUGCGGCUGUGGAUAAUGAGAGUCCGACGCAGAUUCUCCUACGGGAGGGAGGAGGGAAAGAGGGUGGGGAGAAAGAGAGAGGUGCUACGCUGCCGGAGUUGCGGUACUGGUCUGAUGUCGUGUUUCUGCAGUGGCAGAUUGUUACAGUGGGUAAUGCGAAUUUGCAGUUUGUAUUUAGGCUAGGGAUUACUAAUGGGGCUACGCUGGAUGUUCUACAGCGUAUUCUGCGGAAACAUGGGGUUGUGGGGAGGGAGGUUGUUUGGACGGCGAGGGAGGAUAAGGAGGCUGUGGCGGCGAUACUGGGGACGCCGAAUGGGAGUGGGGUUGCGAGGUUGCUUUUGCAUCAUAAGAGAGAAUUGGGACAUAAGGUUGUGGAGGAGGUGAGGCUGGUGGGGUGGAAGGGGGAGGGGGUUGGGGAGCCGAGUUUGGUGUUUCGGAUUGGGAAUGUGUAUGGGGAAGGGGAUGAGGGGAGUCAGGAGACGAUUAGGGGUGGGAGCGUUCUGUAGGAUUAGGGUGUGAGUGUUUUUAUGGUUGAGUUUUAGCCGGUUCCGUUAUACUCGGGCGUUAUUUUGGCCGGUCUACGAUGC